AUGACGGUACACCAGUAUGCUGCAAAAUUUGCAGAGUUAUCACGUUUCCCCCCAUAUUUGAUCCUGGAUGAAGAGAAGAAGGCCAGGAAAUUUGAAGAAGGCCUAAAUUUCCAAAUAUAUGAACGAGUAAUGGUCCUGCAGAUGCAGUGUUUUUCGGAGUUAGUGCACAAGGCAAUUUUAGUAGAACAAAAUAUUAAGAGGGGCGUGGAAUUGCAAGAAACAAGAAAGAGAACUACUCCACAAGGAUCCUCGGGUAGGGAUCAAGGGCCAUGGAAGAAGAGAAAUGAAGGUAAUAGCUCGGGAAAAAGGCUUAUUCAGGGCACCCAACAAGGACUGGCUUUGCAAUUGGAUAGCAACAGGCCACCACCACCACCUAGGGCAGAAGGGACAGUUCGAGGCAACAUCCAACGUACUACUGCACCUGCAAGAGUCUUUGCCCUGACAUCUGGAGAGGCUGAAGAUAAGAAUGAUGUGAUCACAGGUACUCUUUCUUUGUUUUCUAAUAAUGCGACUGUGUUAUUUGAUUCGGGAGCUACACAUUCGUUUGUUUCUAUGACAUAUGCUCGACUUUGCACCUUAGAAACCAAAAAGUUAAAGUCCAAGUUACUGGUCGCGACCCCAACAGGAAAUUCGGUAGUAUGUGACGAGUUUCUACCAGGGUCUCCCGUAACAAUUGAGGGAAGAUCGAUGCCAGCAGAUCUAAUAGGGUUUAACAUGAUCGGGUUUGAUGUAAUUUUGGGUAUGGAUUGGCUGGCUCGUUACCAAGCCAGCAUAGACUGUUUUAAAAAGUGA